CGUUUGCUGAAAACACGUUUUUCCGGUCUCUGCCUCUGCCUCUGCCUCUGCCCCUGCCAGGAAAACUCUCAUCUGGGUGCCUGAUUGCCAGAGAAAUUUCGAUGAGGUGCUUCGACUUGAAAACUACUUAUUAUUGUUUAAGUGCUACGAGGGUCUUUAACAAUUGAGAUCGACAAAAGGUGGGGUUCAUUGAUAUUUGAGUUUCUCCAGUGGCCUGAAAAAGCAGUACAGGCAACAUGUCUUCAUCAAUAAAAGGAAUGGCUAUAAGAUCACCUCUUGAUGACAAAGUACAUGGCUUAGUGAAGAAGAGAUACACAGAAGAAUUGGGAUUUGUUGGGGUGAACCAGCUUGCUGUUCAACUGAAUCUACUGGGUUCUUGUUUGGCUCAAAGCAGUAGCUCCUCCAAACCAAACAUUAAAGCAAUGCCAUUGCACAAGAAGAGUUUUUGUCAUUGUCAAGUCACAACUCACAGAAUUCCAAUAACUAAAAAGAGAGUUUUCACCUUUGGCAAAGGAAGGAGCGAAGGGAACAAGACCAUGAAAUCAUUGUUGGGUGGGAAAGGUGCAAAUCUUGCAGAAAUGGCAAGCAUUGGUUUAUCAGUGCCACCAGGUCUUACAGUUUCAACUGAAGCAUGUCAAGAAUAUCAAGAAAAUGGAAAGAAGCUCCCUGAGGGUCUUUGGGAUGAGAUUCUAGAGGGCCUAAAAACCAUUGAAAAGGAAAUGGGUGCUUCCCUUGGUGAUCCAUCCAAACCCCUUCUCCUAUCGGUUCGGUCUGGUGCCGCGAUUUCCAUGCCUGGCAUGAUGGACACUGUGCUAAAUCUUGGUCUCAAUGAUGAAGUUGUUGUUGGAUUGGCUUCAAAGAGUGGAGAACGAUUUGCAUAUGAUUCAUAUAGACGAUUUCUUGACAUGUUUGGUAAUGUGGUCAUGGGUAUUCCACAUUCUCUAUUUGAGGAGCAAUUGGAAAGACUGAAAGCUGUAAAGGGAGUGUCUCUCGAUACUGAAUUGACCUCAGAGGAUCUUAAAGAAUUGGUUACUAAGUACAAGAGGGUAUAUGUUGAUGCUAAAGGGCAAGAGUUCCCUUCAGAUCCGAGAAAUCAACUGUAUGCUGCAGUUUUAGCAGUUUUUGAUUCAUGGGACAGCACAAGAGCCAUAAAAUACAGGACCAUAAACAGAAUAAGUGGGUUAAAAGGAACAGCAGUGAACAUUCAAUCCAUGGUUUUUGGGAAUAUGGGUAGCACUUCAGGCACUGGUGUUCUCUUCACAAGAAACCCAAGUACUGGGGAAAAGAAGCUCUAUGGAGAAUUCCUCAUCAAUGCCCAGGGGGAGGAUGUUGUUGCUGGGAUUCGAACACCAGAAGAUCUUGACACUAUGAAGAACUGUAUGCCAGAUGCAUAUAAAGAGCUUGUCGAAAACUGUGAAAUACUUGAACGCCAUUACAAAGAUAUGAUGGACAUUGAAUUCACUGUUCAAGAAAACAGGCUAUGGAUGUUACAGUGUAGAUCCGGAAAGAGAACUGGUAAGGGUGCAGUGAAGAUUGCAGUGGAUAUGGUGAAGGAGGGCCUUAUUGACACUUCUUCAGCCAUUAAAAUGGUAGAAGCUAGGCAUCUAGAUCAACUUAUGCAUCCACAGUUUGAGAAUCCAUCGGCAUUCAAAGAGAAGGUGAUUGCUACUGGCCUGCCAGCAUCCCCUGGAGCUGCAGUGGGUCAAAUUGUGUUUCGCGGUGAUGAUGCUGAAGCAUGGCAUGCUCAAGGAAAGCCUGUCAUCCUGGUUAGGAUGGAGACUAGUCCUGAAGAUGUUGGUGGUAUGCACGCUGCGACUGGCAUACUGACUGCAAGAGGUGGCAUGACUUCUCAUGCUGCUGUGGUUGCUCGAGGAUGGGGGAAGUGUUGUGUUUCUGGUUGCUCUGAUGUACGUAUAAAUGAAGCUGAGAAGACGGUCGCAAUUGGGUCCCAAGUUCUGAGUGAAGGGGACUGGAUAUCACUUAAUGGGUCUACUGGAGAAGUGAUUCUCGGAAAGCAACCCCUCGCUCCUCCUACUCUCACUGGUGACUUAGAAUCUUUUAUGCAUUGGGUGGAUGAGAAAAGGAAGCUCAAGGUAAUGGCUAAUGCUGAUACACCUGAUGAUGCACUUACGGCGAGGAACAAUGGUGCGCAAGGCAUUGGACUUUGCAGGACAGAGCACAUGUUCUUUGCAUCAGAUGAAAGGAUAAAGGCCGUAAGGAAGAUGAUAAUGGCAGUCACUCCUGAGCAACGCAAGGAAGCACUUAAUCAGCUGUUGCCUUAUCAGAGGUCUGAUUUUGAAGGCAUUUUCCGUGCAAUGGAUGGUCUUCCGGUCACAAUCCGGCUUUUAGAUCCCCCACUGCACGAGUUCCUUCCAGAAGGAGACAUCGACGAGAUUGUCGUCGAGCUAGCUUCUGAUACGAACAUGACUGAAGAUGAAGUUUUCUCGCGCAUUGAAAAACUAAGUGAAGUUAAUCCCAUGCUUGGGUUUCGUGGCUGCAGACUGGGAAUUUCAUAUCCAGAGCUAACAGAAAUGCAAUCACGUGCUGUUUUUGAGGCAUCUAUUACUGUGACUCGUCAAGGUUUCCAGGUUUUUCCUGAAAUCAUGGUUCCCCUAGUUGGUACACCCCAGGAAUUAAAGCAUCAAGUGAAUGUGAUACGAAGUGUUGCAGAGAAGGUAUUUGCAGAGAUGGGUAGCUUUCUUAGCUAUAAAAUUGGGACAAUGAUUGAGAUCCCUCGGGCAGCUCUGGUGGCAGAUGAGAUAGCAGAUGAAGCAGAAUUUUUCUCCUUUGGGACCAAUGAUCUAACACAGAUGACGUUCGGAUAUAGUAGGGAUGAUGUGGGCAAGUUUUUGCCCAUUUACUUAUCCAAUGGUGUGCUUCAAAAUGAUCCUUUUGAGGUGCUGGAUCAAAGAGGUGUGGGUCAGUUGAUCAAGAUUGCAACAGAGAGAGGCCGUAGAGCUAGACCGGACUUGAAGGUUGGCAUAUGUGGAGAACACGGCGGAGAGCCUUCAUCGGUCGCGUUCUUUGCAGAGGCGGGUUUAGAUUAUGUCUCUUGUUCACCAUUCAGGGUACCAAUUGCUCGGUUAGCAGCAGCUCAAGUAGCUGUCUCAUAGUUCAACAUGCAUUUUGAGGAAGAAUUAUGGAUACAAUUGAUUAAAAUUACAGAAAGACAGUUACAUGCGGAAAUUAUAUUUGUAAAGUAAUCAUUGGCCAUAUAGGGAGUGUCUAUCUCCUGUUCUUUUUAGCUACACGAGGCAGCUUUGGAAACAUCACAAUCCCAUUUACUGUAAAAAUAAAAAAAUGAUGCAAUUUAUGUAGUAGUAUUGUUGCUUGUGGACUGUUUUGGUUUA